GUGGAUUUGACGAGGUCCUUUAUUUUCCGUAAUUCCAAGAAGACCUACGAUGGCAUCCCUGUUAUGGCUGCCAACAUGGACACUGUUGGUACCUUUGAGAUGGCCAAAACCCUAUCCAAGCAUGGGCUGUUCACCUGUAUUCACAAGCAUUACACAGCAGAGGAAUGGAAACAGUUUGCAGCUGAAAAUCCUGACACAAUAAAGAAUGUAGCUGUGAGUAUAGGCACCAGCCAGAGUGAUGUCACCAAGGCUUCUGAGAUCAUUGCUGCUGUACCAGCCAUAAAUUACCUCUGCCUCGAUGUUGCCAACGGUUACUCAGAGCUCUUCGUCCAGCAUGUGAAGGACAUGCGUGAAAAGUUCCCCGAGCUCACGAUCUUGGCUGGGAAUGUUGUGACCGGCGAGAUGGUGGAAGAGCUUAUCCUCGCAGGAGCUGACAUCAUUAAGGUUGGCAUUGGACCUGGAUCUGUCUGUACCACAAGGAAGAAGGCCGGGGUGGGUUACCCUCAACUCAGCGCCGUGUUGGAGUGUGCUGAUGCGGCCCAUGGACUAGGUGGUCACAUCAUAUCAGAUGGUGGUUGCAUUUGCCCUGGGGAUGUGGUAAAGGCGUUUGGAGCCGGGGCAGACUACGUGAUGCUUGGCGGCAUGUUGGCAGGCCACGACCAGAGCGGAGGGGAAAUUAUAGAACGCAGUGGCAAAAGGUUGAAGCUGUUCUAUGGCAUGAGCUCAUCGACUGCCAUGAAUAAACAUGCCGGAGGAGUAGCAGAUUACCGAGCCAGCGAGGGCAAGACAGUUGAGGUCAAGUACCGCGGUGAUGUGACGGACACCGUGCAAGACAUCCUGGGUGGGCUGCGCUCAGCAUGCACCUACAUAGGGGCGGGGAAGCUCAAGGAACUCAGCAGGCGGACCACUUUCAUCCGAGUCACCCAACAGACAAACGAUAUCUUUGGCACCACAACAUAAGACGUGGCCAGCACAGAAAAUUGUGCCUGUUUGCUGUGCUCCAUGCAUCCUCGCUGAUGCUGGUUCAACCUAUAAAAAAAGCUUUACUUCCAAGAUAGUGUUUCACAAGCUGUCCGGAUACUUUUAGUAAACAAUCUGAAAGGAAAAACAAACCUGAAGUGGAGGAAAGCUCGUGGAAAAUCACAGCCAAUGUGCGGCAAGCUUUUAAAGAACAGUUUGCCCAAUGUUAGAAAGUACAUUUAAAUUAACGACAGUUCUUAGCAGAUCAAACAAUUAAACUUUUAAACUAGGGAGUUGUGUUAAAAGGCGUACAAGUUUUUGCCCACUGUGAAUUCUCUGGGAAGUACAUGUAUACAUGUACGUGUACAUGUAUCUGCAACUAGGUAUGAAUUACCAUUUUCCAAGUCUUACAUUUCAUGACUUUGUAAAAAAUUCUUCAAUCCGUAACAUAAAAGUGAUUGAAAAUGUGUAUUGAAAAAGCUGGUAUUUUCAGAUGCAUUUAUCUCAAAUUGUCCAUUUGGUAAGAUUUUGGGGUUGUUGUCACUUUGUGAAAACACUGACAAUCUGUUCACAUGUGGAGCAUAUAGCUAUAGUCGUUACUCUGUAGUUGUACAUGUAUAUUCCUAUGUGGGUUUGCUAAAUUCUAGUUUGUGUACAUGAAUAUGAGUGUCCCUUGACCUGUUGCUGUUUUGGGUGGGGAGGGUGUUUGCUUCAAGGGUUCAGGGGUCAAGAAACUGCCUAUUAAUAGACUUGAAAUCAAGUUGUUUAAUAGUUGGUAAUGUUUGUCAUCCAGAACAACUGAUAUGAGCCAGCAUGCUGCGUUCUUUUACAGUUAGUACUAAGCCAGUUCAAAGUUGCCCACGAUCCAGCGUGCUGCGCUGAUUCAGCCCAGAUACAUGGAUGUGCGCAUGGUCGGGGGCUUUGAGUACCAGGUUUUGGCACACAUCGGCUCAUGACCCCAUGCACUGCCUGCCUAAUAAGGCAUGUCACAACAGCUUUCUGGAGGCGGUUUGCUCACACACCAGAGUACCCUGCUGUCUUCUGCACCGAUUCGAGUGCCUUAGAAAAAUCCACAGUUAUUCAGAGGUUUCCCUUCACUUUUGAAGAAAACCUAAUCCUUUUCACAAGUCCAAGGUGAUCUUGGCGGUAAUUAGCAGAUAUACUGUGCUGCCACACGCUAGUCUUUCUCGUACCCUCCAAUGACACCCUGAUCAAGGGAGAAAAAUAUUUAUAUGGAAGAGAAAGCCUUAGUUAAGGGUGACAUUUUGAAGUGUGGAAGGUGCCACAAGAAACGGGUGUAAGUGGGGCAGCGCCAUGUAAAAAUUCUCUUUUUGUUUGUGGGAUUAUCAAAAGAACCCUAGAGAAAAACUCAAUGUUUUGGACAGUAUGUUCUGCCCCUUAUCAGGGAACUCAUCAAAUAAAGGGUGUUUUUUAUCUAUCUAUUGUGAUAUUUAUUAACAAAAACUCAAACUAAAACAAACACUGGUCACUGGACACUCUACAGUAGUUUUAUGGUACUUUAAAUCGAAAUUGAAAUGAAAGCCUCACAUUAAGGCACCACGCAUACUUAUAAAAAAAGUCUUGUGCACUUUGUUUGAAAUUUACUGUCUUCUUCUCGUCACACGUGCCACAGGAAAGCUUGAGUGCAUCUUACGGUACAUAUGCAUAUAGAUGAUUCCACUUGGCCUUGAGACUAUGCCAAUCAAGGCAUGGGCCAUCACCACCCUCAUUGCUAUGAGAAAAUGGGAACUUGGAAGUGGCCACUUGCUGCUUUCAGCUUCAUGAACGAUGUCACUGAAGACGUUGAGGACAUCUUCCCCCACCAGAAUUUUGUGGUACACCUUCUGAAGAUCAAGGACUGGCUGGCUCCUUCUCUUGCUCCUUUUUCAUAUGCAUGUUGCUUUUUUGGGGAUGGAAUUUGGAGAGAGGGCUUGAGACAAAUGUGAUAAACCUGUUGCUGAGCUUCUGUAAUUUCAUGGUGCACACAAAUUUAGCAGCACGAUUGAUGUAAUCCAGCUUGUUAUACAAGUCCCUGCAGCUCAUACCUGUGCCUUGAUACCUUGACAACCACAUCUGAAUGUUGUCUUGCCUUGCCAACAAUUCCCAUGGUAUGUCAAAGGCAUUCUCUACUGCUUGGCCACUGUUAGCAAAAUGCAUGUACUUUGACUCCACUUGGACAACCUCCCUUGGGUAGUUUGAAUGGGGUAGAGCUCUGCCCGUUUCUCGGAUGUACUUCUCAAAUUCUUUGAACACGGAGUACGGAUAGCAACUAUUUAGCCUACUAACUUCUGCUCCAUUGCGAGCCUUGCAAGCGAGUUUGCUAUUGAGAUGGUGUAUGGGAAGGCCUUUUUCUGGGGUCAACUUCUUACUGGCAAGCUCUUUAUUAGGGCCGUCAAAACCACCAGUAAUGGAACUGCUCUUUGGUUCCUCUUCACUGUGUGGCAAACGAUAAGUGCUGACACUGGAGCAUAUCAACUCGCCGCUUAUUUUGUUGGAAGUUGUGAUGUCAUCCAGAGGCGUGGAAGAGGAAGGAUCGAGGUUCUUGGGUUGGGAAGUGGAUGAAGUUGAUAUGGAUUCCUUUGAAAGCACAGCUGAUCGAGCUUGCCAAGUCGGGUGGUCCAGUGGUUAAGACGUCUGCACUAGUAAGCAGGAGGUCGUGGGUUCGAGUCCCACCCGAGUAAGCUUGGGAGUUUUUUCGCAAGCUCUCUGACAAGCACUGAGCAUACAGUGAUUAUCAAUAUAAACGUUGGGUAUAAAGUCAAUACCCAUAAAGUACAGAUUGCUUAAGGGGUCUCAGUACACCGUAUAACCACUGUAAGUAGAAAUUGGAAACGUGCAUAUCAGGUGUUAACAAAACAAUUGCAGUGCGAUUGAUGUGCAUGCAUGUUUGAAUUCAUGGAAUAAUUCUUGUUUGAAAUGUUAUUGUAUUUUAAAAUUUUAUUUUAGGAUUUAAUGUCCUCAGAACUGAAAAAAUAGUUUAUUUUUUAGCAAAUUGUACUUUUAAAAGAAGUUGAAUUAAUAUUGUACGCAUCAAUGGCAUUGACAUGUAAAUGAAUAUUGCAUAUUUUAACCACUGUCUGUGUUGACGUUUGACAUUUAAUUUUAAUUUUAUGGUGUUGGAAGGCACUGCCAUCUGUUUAUGGAAUUCCAUCCACGUAAGGGGGAAUUAAAGCAAUGUAAAACUCUAUGGAUAAAUUUUAAAAGGUAAAUUUGUAGAAGCUCAUGCAGACGCAUAAAUGACUGUCUACUUCCAACAUAUUUGCAAGUAUAAGUGUCGAUGUAAUUGUACUGUUUUCCUUCGGCAUUUAACUCAGCUUUUCUGGUUCUGCUGCAGUUUUACAGCUACAUGUAUAUGAUCAAUUCAAAAAGAAGGUAAUUUGAAAACAAAUGAUGGGAGACCUUGAGACGUGUCGUGGCGACAAAUAUACCGGUCCCGUUUACCAGUUAUGAGCAUGUGCGCUUGAAUAAGGACCGGUAUGUCUGCUGCCACCAGCGUCUCAAAGUAUCCCACUGUUGACUUAUGCUGUAAUUGCCUCAACUGGAAGGAAGCAACUUACUUGUAUAUACAUUGUAUGUAGGUAUCGUAGAAGUCUUUAAUUACAUCAGGUGAUGGGGAUCAAUUGCAUUUAGCUCCAAAACCAUCUAAGGCACAGCUGUACCACCAUGGAGCAAAUACUUCAAAGCAUGACACAACUACCCAGAUUAUAACAUGACUGCAUGGUAUGGAAUAGAAUGAAAAGAUUUGCAUCACAUUGGCACAAUUCUAUCACCAGCUUAUAGGGAAAUGUAACUGUACAUUGGCGCAUAACUAUCAUAUACAUUAGGUGCAUUGAACAUGUUGAAGUAGUUCCCAUGGGUUAACCCUCGACUUGGAAUGACCAUGUGAGCAAUGUCAGACAAGCGGGCCAUAGGGUACAAAAGUGAUUCACAUACAGUUACGUGUGUAAAAUAGCGAGAGAACCAGCGCAAGGACCAACAUGUGCAUGUACUCCAUUUGUUUGCACUUCGUUUGCACUCUACAGAGUGGCAUCAGGUGACAGGUGGAAUGCUCCAUUCCACUUGACUUCACCUUGUGGAACAGAACGUUCUAUGUCACCUCGUGAAAUUAUUUUUAUCUUGCCACUCAACAACAGUCAUGAUUUUACAUGUAUUGCUGCAGCCCUUGCUGAACGGUGUCAUAGUGCAACUCAGUUGUAUUUAUAUGGGGCUGCAUCAUUUUGUCCCCUCACUACAGCACAAUUUACACUUUUAAAGGUUUUAGCAGAACCAUAUUUGCCAUCAGAACCUUGUUCGCAAUUGGGUUUGUUUUAGGAAGGUGUUCUAGAAAUGGCACAGACUUUUGAGUAUCAAAGCCUCCCCCCCAAAAAAAAAUCAAGCAUGGCAUUUCCAGCUUGUUUUAGGUAUUUAUAGGUAGCUACUCGGCAUUCAAAGUGCUCUGUAUCAUGGUACAGAAACAAAUGUCACUGAAAGUACUAAUGCAGAAACCUGUCCGUCUCCAAUUUUUGGUCUCUUGAUGAGUCUUGGUGCUUGUCAUUGAAGUUUUAUGAUUUUUGUGUUUUGAACAGUGUUGUAACGAGAGAGUUGGGCACAUUUGUUAUGCAUGCUGCUGCGCGUGACACUCAUGAAACAAUGUAGCUGGAAUUUUAUCAUUAAACAGGGAAAUUGAAAAGGUAAUUGCAGCAUAUGACCUGCUGGUCAUAAACAUUUACUGCAAGUGAUUCGGUAUGUACAUGUAUGUGUGACAUGUACAAAUGUGUGCUUUUGAGAAGUUUGAAUGAACUCCAUACAAUGACAAUAAAGUACUGCUGUGGUAUCUUU